GAAUUGUCCGAAGUACCCGCAUUAUACGGAGAGCUCUUGCUUCAUUUGGUCGGGUUUGACCGCUAGCUCUAAGUCUAGGCAGGGUUGCUUAGUGUCAGCCCCACUUUGCAAAUGGCUCUGGCCUCAGCAUGCGCACAGGACAGCUUUUCCGGCCUUCCCGUCUCCAGUGGGCCUGGAGGGCAGCCUUCCUGAAGCCCCACCCGUGUGCGCACCGGGGAGCCUGGCGAGGGAUGCAUUCUGAAGGCGGACCCUACAGAGCGGUCAUUUUUGACGUGGGUGGAGUUCUCAUUCCUUCUCCAGGGAGAGUGGCUGCAGCAUGGGAGGUAGAGAAUCACAUCCCUUCCGGAACCAUAUUGAAGGCCAUGCUCUCAGGUGGCGAAGGUGGGCCAUGGAUGGCAUUUAUGAGAGGAGAGAUAACAACCGAGGCUUUCUUACAAGAAUUUGGGAGACACUGUUCUGAAAUUUCAGAGACCUGUGUGCCCGUGGGCUCCUUCUUCUCUCUGCUGACCGGUGAGCAGGUGGCGACGCAGUUCCCAGUGAUGACUGAGGCCAUAGCUCGAAUUCGGGCCAAAGGACUUCAGACUGCAGUCUUGAGCAAUAAUUUUUAUCUUUCCAAUGGCAAAAGCUUUUUGCCCCUGGACCGGAAGCAGUUUGAUGUGGUCGUGGAGUCCUGUCUGGAAGGCAUCUGUAAGCCAGACCCCAGGAUAUAUAAGCUGUGCUUGGAGCGGCUCGGCCGGCAGCCUUCUGAGUCCAUCUUUCUCGAUGACCUUGGGCAGAAUCUCAAAGCAGCUGCCAGCCUGGGUAUGCACACCAUCAAGGUCAAUGACCCAGAGGCUGCAGUAAAGGAAUUAGAAACUCUUUUGGGUUUUACCUUGAGAACGGUUGUUCCAAACACUUGCCCCGUGAGAGACACAAUGAAAAUUUCCAGAGAUCCCUUGGAGAAGUACCUCAGAGACUUGCUGGGGACCCAAACCACAGGCCCGAUGGAACUCCUUCAGUUUCAUCAUGGGCAGUCAAAUCCAACUUACUACAUCAGGCUGGCUGACCAUCAACUGGUUCUGAGGAAGAAACCCCCGGGGACACUCCUUCCAUCUGCCCACGCAGUGGAGAGGGAAUUCAGGAUAAUGAAAGCCCUGGCAAACACUGGAGUGCCUGUCCCCAAAGUUCUUGACCUCUGUGAAGAUUCAAGGAUCAUUGGCACACCCUUCUACCUGAUGGAGUACUGCCCAGGCCUCGUCUACAAGAACUCCACUCUGCCGGGCUUGCAGCCUAGCCAGAGGCAGGCCAUAUACACUGCCAUGAACAGAGUCCUGUGCAAAAUCCACAGUGUGGACUUCAAGGCUGCAGGCCUAGAAGACUACGGGAAGCAUGGGGACUACAUCCUCCGCCAGGUGCGGACCUGGACCAAGCAGUAUCGAGCCUCAGAAACCAGCACCGUCCCGGCGAUGGAGAGGCUCAUCGAGUGGCUGCCGCUUCACCUCCCCAGGCAACAGAAGACCACGGUGGUACAUGGGGACUUCAGGCUGGACAACCUGCUGUUCCAUCCAGAGAAGACUGAGGUGCUUGCUGUCUUUGACUGGGAACUUUCUACCUUGGGUGACCCCCUGGUGGAUGUGGCCUACAGCUGCAUGGCUUACUACCUGCCACCUGAGUUUCCCCUACUGCCAGGUUUGAGUGGCUGUGAUUUGACUCAGCUGGGCAUCCCGACUGCCGAGGAGCAUUUCCAGGAGUACUGUCUCCACAUGGGCAUUCCUCCCGUUGAGAACUGGAACUUCUACAUGGCUUUCUCCUUUUUCCGAGUGGCUGCGAUCCUACAGGGAGUCUACAAGCGCUCGCUCACAGGGCAAGCAAGCUCGGCAGCUGCUGAGCAAAGUGGAGAGCUGAUUGAAUUUCUGUCUGACCUGGCUUGGGAGUUUGCAGUCAAAGAAGGUUUCCGGGUUUUCAACGAGAUGCCAGCCACAAAGCCAUCAAGGCGGUCCUACCACGUGUGGGCUGGCCCCCGGCCCCUGCCGAGCACGCCAGGGACAAGGAGUUACAGCUCCCUUCCAGAGUCUUCCUCAGCUCAUUCCUCAAAGGCAGCUCUGGUCAUCUCCCCGGAGAGCCUUCCCCCACGGGCCAGGGAGCUCUAUCGGCAGCUGGAGCAGUUCAUGGAGCGACACGUGUACCCGGCAGAGCCGGAGCUGCGGAGUCACCAGGCCUCGGCAGAGAGAUGGACCCCUUCCCCGCUGGUCGAAGAUCUCAAGGAGAAAGCCAAGGCCGAAGGACUUUGGAACCUUUUCCUGCCCUUGGAGGCUGAUCCCGAGGGAAAAUACGGAGCAGGACUGACCAACGUCGAGUACGCGCAUCUGUGUGAACUCAUGGGCAUGUCUCUGUAUGCUCCCGAGAUAUUUAAUUGUUCUGCUCCGGACACGGGGAACAUGGAGCUGCUAGUGCGCUACGGCACUGAGGAGCAGAAGGCGCGCUGGCUGCUCCCGCUGCUGCAGGGAAGGGCCCGCUCCUGCUUCGCUAUGACGGAGCCCCAGGUCGCCUCGUCAGAUGCCACCAACAUUGAGUCUUCCAUCAGAGAGGAAGAUGGCUUCUAUGUCGUAAAUGGUCACAAGUGGUGGAUCUCAGGCAUCCUGGAUCCUCGCUGCCAGCUCUGCGUGUUCAUGGGAAAAACAGACCCGCACGCCCCACGCCACCAGCAGCAGUCCAUACUCUUGGUCCCAAUGGAUACCCCGGGGAUAAAAGUCAUUCGGCCUCUGACGGUAUACGGGCUGGAGGACGCACCAGGUGGCCAUGGCGAAGUCCUGUUUGAGCAGGUGCGCGUGCCCAAGGACAGCAUGGUCCUAGGUCCUGGCCGAGGCUUCGAGAUUGCCCAGGGCAGACUGGGUCCCGGCAGGAUCCACCACUGCAUGCGGCUGAUCGGGCACUCAGAGAGGGCCCUGGCACUCAUGAAGGCCCGCGUGAAGUCCCGCAUGGCCUUUGGGAAGCCCCUGGUGGAGCAGGGCACGAUCCUGGCAGACAUCGCCCAGUCGCGCGUGGAGAUUGAACAGGCCCGGCUGCUGGUGCUGAAAGCUGCCCACCUCAUGGACGUGGCAGGAAAUAAGGCUGCAGCUUUAGACAUUGCCAUGAUUAAAAUGGUGGCCCCGUCCAUGGCGUACCGAGUGAUUGACCGUGCUAUUCAGGCCUGUGGAGCAGCAGGGCUCAGCGGCGACUACCCACUGGCUCAGUUCUUUGCCUGGGCCCGUGCACUGCGCUUUGCUGACGGCCCUGACGAGGUGCACCGGGCGGUGGUGGCCAAGAUGGAGCUGAAGCGUCGCAGUUAAACCGGCAGGUGCAGGAGCCAAAACAUCUCUACCAGAUCAUGAUGCCCAGACAUUAAAUGAUGCUCUUUGGAAGGCCCGGUAUAUCUGACUCUUGCACCUUAUCAGCAGUUGUGCCUCAGGACAGUCAUUGUGAACACCACCUUUUUGGGUCCCCACAGAAAGCAUUUCUUUGUGAGAAGCCUUGAGCUCGCUCUUUCAGGCGAGGAAGAAGGGACAGAGCCUGUAAAGCUGGUCUUCAGCCUCUGGGCCCGGCGGCAGCCCACGGGCCCUGUCUCUCCGGUGGUGGCGUGUUGAGGGUGUGGGAGUCUGACAAGUACUGGGAGCCCUGCUGGGCGCUCUGCCCACGCUCACAGCCGCAGGGCUCCCUGUCUGCAAGCCCCGCCCCUUGAGCGGAGGGGCCGCUGUGCAGGGCUGCGCCUGAACACCCAGGCCCAGUGCGCUGGGAAAAUGAGACCAAAACCAGGAAGCUGCCGCCAUCCAUCGGGUCUUCUUCGUUGGAAUUUCCGCAUCACAGAACACUGAUCUUGGAAGGGGCUUCAGGAGCGCAAAAGAAUGAGAAAAUACAGUGCAAGAGACUUCGUGAAUGUCUUUGCAUCAUACAAAAGGAAUUGAGAAUAAAGGCCCACACU